AUUGCGAUGCAGAAGGAAUAUUUUUUAUUUGAUUCAUAAAAUCCAACAGAUAUUCUACUAAUAUACUAUAGCCAUACAUGAGCAGGUUCCAUAAUCUUCUAAAUACUUUUGAUUCUCUAUACCUUCGUUAUAUCUACAAAGCGUAAUGUGUAGAUUGUUGCUUCGUUCUCAGUUUCCCUAUCUUACUAAAUCCUUGAAAGGACGCCAGAAAGAUGCAAACAUUCGAGAUGUCCGAAAGCUUUUCUCUCGAGAGUUUGGGAAACACGUUGGGAUUUGCAAAGAAAUUAGAAUUUUAAGGAAGCUCGUAGAGCUUGGUGACUCUGUUUGCCAGGUGAAAAUAACAAACAUUCGAGAUGUCCGAAAGCUUUUCUCUCGAGAGUUUGGGAAACACGUUGGGAUUUGCAAAGAAAUUAGAAUUUUAAGGAAGCUCGUAGAGCUUGGUGACUCUGUUUGCCAGGUGAAAAUAACAAACAUUCGAGAUGUCCGAAAGCUUUUCUCUCGAGAGUUUGGGAAACACGUUGGGAUUUGCAAAGAAAUUAGAAGUUUUAGGAAGCUCGUAGAGCUUGGUGACUCUGUUUGCCAGGUGAAAAUAAAUGGAGGGGCAGCAGGGAGUGGCUUUCUUCUAUUUGGAAAGUACAUCCUAACAAACGCCCACGUAGUCCUUGAUGAAGAAAAAAUAAACCUGAAGGAAAACAUAUCUGUUGUUUUCUUCUACGAGGAUAAGGUAGAAAACCCUUGUUUACCAUUGCUUGUAACGGUGGUUGCCUGGAGAUAUCAUGUUGACAAAGAAGGAUACAAGCAGGAUUGGGCUUUGCUUGGGGUCGAUAAUAAUCAAAAUACCUUAACGAUGAUUAUACAGCCUCUACUUCAGCACUUUGGACCGGUAACUGAAAGUGGUCACAUUUGUAUUAUCGGCCACCCGGAAGGGAAGGUCAAAAUGUGGGACCCAUGCUUCACAAUCCCUCGGGACGAAUGCGAAAAACGUAUAAAACCUGAUUACCUUUUUAGGGACAUACAGACCUACGACAGCUGUUUUUAUGAAGGUUCAUCUGGCUCACCAGUUUUUGAUCACAAUUUUAAAGUUGUAUCGAUGCACACUGGGGGGUUCCCUGAUAAAAACACUGAACAUGCUUUUGAGUAUGCACAUCCCCUAUCACUCAUUAUUGAAGAAAUCCUUAUGGAUAUAGUGAGACACCGUAAAUUGGAUGUGCUGUUGGCAAUGAUCACUUGUGGCAUUCCUAAAGAAGUGAAGGCUGCCGUAAUCGAAAAGGUUCUACGUUAUUUUGACAAAAGUUUUGUCUGUACAGAAAAUGAUUUGAUUGAACUCGCAAACUCGUCUUACUGUAAGGCAGAACAAAAGCAUCUAAAGGACUUUUUUCUAGAUUUCAAUCCAUGGAUACCUAGGGACUUAGUUUGACUUUAGUAAAGCUCUACAUUGUAGUUUAAUAAACCUUGCCUCUGGGUUAGAGGAUAUAGAGAGACCCUUAACACUUCCACAGAGGAAACAGGAAGAGGAGGACACUAUAGAAUCAAACAUUAUCUUUAUUAUUAUGUGGCGUGUCAUAAAUAUUUGGCCUGUUCAGCCCUUUGAGACUGUAAUGGUGAUUAAGGCUAUACAAAUAAAAUUGAAUUGAAUUGUAAUUCUUCUUGGGAGACAACCGGACAGGAGCAAAGGUGGAUCAAUAUAUAGUUUAAGCCAUCUCUCGAAGGACACUUCUCACGCUCUCGAAUGCUCACAGCGAGUGUAUGGUGUGUGGGCCCACACAAGAACCAUGGCAGACGUUUAAACCGGUUUAUUGUAGUUUGAGCAAUAUUACGUGCAAAGCAGGUGCUCCAUGCUGCCAUGUCAGAGAUGAGAGUAUGGGGUGAUGGCUGAUGAUGUAAUUUUUCCAUCUACAUUUUUUUCAAAUUAUGUUUGUAAGUACUUAUAUUAUAAUAUAAGUAAAUAAUAUUGAGAUGAAGCAUAAUUAAAUAUAUUUUUUACUUAAAGCUUUUAAUGUUUUGCGACUUUAUAGCUUUUGUAAAAGUGACUUUAAAAAAAAAUCGGUGUACUAUUAAGUACUUAUUUCAUAAGUACAUAGUUUAUAUCAUAGUUUAUAUUUA